UUAAAAUGUAAAACAUGAAAAUUACUUGUUAUUGUUGAUUUAAAAAAUAUAUUAUAUUGUUAUAUUGUGUGGGUAUCUUUAUGCCCAGAGAGAACUAUAAAAGGUUAAUUCUGGUUGACAGAGCAGAUUAGAAACAAAUUUGAGUAAAAACUGCUGCAUGUCUCACCACAAUAUGUAAUAUGUGUUUCUCUUUUUAGACAAGAAAAAUGUCAAACAGCUGGACGUUACAGCCCAAUCAGAACCCCACCAGGCCUGGUGUCUUGGAGAGUCUGAGCAGUCAGGAGAGGACACUGGCUGUGCUGCUGGAACAGGCUUUCAGGAUCAAGGAGGAGGUGUCAGCAGGUCUGCAGUCCGCCCAGGGCUGCGUCCAGGUCGAGGCACUGUCUCGCAAGCUGCUGGAGAAUCACAUACUAACUAUUACACGCAUUGUCAAGCAGCUUAGCAUGGACAUACAGGCCCUGGAGAGACAGAUAGCCCUGCGGGACUCCAUUGCCUCUGGAACCACAAUGGCUAUUCAAAGCCUGGAGCAGAAGAACAUGGCUGGCAUUGGAGACCUGAGAGGAAGAGUAGCCAGGUGUGAUGCCGGCAUUGCCAAGCUGAGCGCUGACGUGAGCUCCGGGGAACUGCUGGUGAUUAGGCUGCAGCAGGAGAUGGCAGCGCUCAGGUCAGCAUUGGACGUACGGGUCAAAGAGCUGGAAGUCAAGCUUCAUCAUGACCUGGGGAGGCUGGAGGCCUCGUUGUCAGAGCAUUCCCAUGGACAAAAGAACUCCCUGGCGGAUCUGCAUACACAAGUUAAACUACUAGGAGCCAGGAUGUCAGGUGAACUGAAGGAAGUCAAGAAGCAAACCGAUUGGCUAAGGAAGUUGACACAACAACAGUUUGACAGUUUAGCCCAGGCUCAUGCGGACAGCAGCCAGCAGAACCGCACACAACUGCAGGACAAAAUGCUAGAGGCAGAGUCAAGAUUAGGUGCUCGGCUACGUGCUCUGGAGGUCCGUGUGGAGCACGUUGAAGCCCAGCAGGAGCAGGCCAAACGCAGUCAGGCUGAACAGCUGAAACGCUCUGUAACCAAACUCAGUAAAAGAAUGACCUCAGGGGAGAGCGGCCUUCAUCAGGAGCUGCAACUGCUCAAACAGGAAUACCACAAAGGGUUCCUGUCUGUGCAUGAUGCCAUUGAGUCCCUGAGACAGAUAGGUGACAUCAAAUCCCGCCUUGACAAGAAGAAGCUUCAGAAGGAUAUCAGGCACAUCGGCAGUAAAGUGGCAGAGCUCAAUGACUUGUGACAUUAUCAGCUGAAGCAACUGAGGCCAUAGCUUGAAUCAAACUCUUUGAAAUCAAAAGACAAGCCAGGCGAUGUUCCUCACUAGCUUUUUAUUCACAUAUUUAUCUAUGAUCUAUUUAAUUUCAUUACUCUUUGAAAAUUAGAGAAGGUAUCUUGUGAUUAAUCUAGUAAAGUAAAAUAAUUCUUGUAAAAUGUUGGACAAUUUGAUUACAGACAAACCUGUGACAAUAUUAACACAUUUUCUUAUUUUUUUAAUAAAUGAAAAUGUAGUCACAUUAA